UAUAAUUUGCAAUGCAUACAUGUAAUUAUUUUUGAUAUUGAACAGUCAUAAGUUAGUAACAGUCAUAAGUUAAAUAAGCAAUAUUUUUGGCGUAUUGUAAUGAGAUAUAAAUUAUACUUCCGGUUUGCGAUUUUCUUCAAACAUGUAUGUUUAAUAGUGGAAUAAUAGUAAAAUUGUGUAUGUAUCAACUGUCUGUUCCAACUAUAAGCAAUAUGUGACUUUGUGAUAUAAAUAGAAUUUGAAAAUCAUGUCGGCAAGUCCGGCAGAUCUACGCAAGAAGAAGCGAAAUAAAGACAGCUCGUCCACUUAUCUUAUCGUUUCGUGCGGAAAAACACAGAAUGGAGGACGUGACAAACAAAACAAUUGUGAGACUAAUGCAGGUAAUCUUGGUGUACAGAAACGAAAAACUGUACACUACAGAAGAAACGUACCUUCCAAAGAUCAAGUAAAACCCGAAGAAACGAGUAUGAAUACAGCAGCAGAAACCAACGAAAACCAGGGUGAAACGGAAGGAAAUUCUGACGAAAAUAUAUAUUCAACCAUUUGCAAAAACGACACAAAUUUAACGCCUCCGAAGUGUAUUCACAGCACUCCAGUAAGGUCCAAAGACUGCUUAGAGGAGAUCUACCUACAUCCUGUUUACACGACUUGGGAUGGUCAAAUUGAAAAACGUAAGGAAAACAUUAAGAGAUGGAAAGUAGACCGGGAAAAGAAGAAGCGACUUUUAUCAACAUCAAGUACUACAUCCAUACGAAGUUUCUCAGAGGACAGUUCCGAUGAUUUGUUUGAGAACGACGAUACUAUACAAGCAGAGGCAAAUAUGUUGCAAAAAGAUAGGAGAAAACAGGCACCACCACCACGUAACAGUCUUGUCAGUAUUAUCAGGCUUGUAUUACUUACUGUUGUCAGUGUGGGUGUUGUUGGCAGCUUCAGUUUAACUCUUAUUUUCAGACCAGAAGCAGCUACUGUAGCAGAACAUGAUACUAAAGCUGAAUCAAGAGUUUUGUCGGAUUUAGAAAGUUUGAAAAAACUUUUGGCGUUGCAUGAGACGCAGAUAGAAAUUCUAAAGGUACAGAUAGAGAAGAAGAAUGAUCAGAUUGCAUUUCUAGCUAUGGAAACAGCAAACUUAAAAGACAAAAUUGAGGGUAUGGUUCAAAUUCAAAAUGGUAUGGAAGAUCAAACGUAUGCUAAUGUAUGCUAA